CCUGUACAGUGAUGAAUACCUGCUGCAUUUUGCUCUACAUUGCAUGAUUGCUUGCUGCAGAUUGCUAUGCAAUUGCUUGCUGCAGAUUGCUAUGCAAUUGCUUGCUGGACCAUAUAUAUAUUGAUUUCGUGCUAUGUCAUUUUUUUUCUUGACUGAAGUAUGACUGAAAAGGCUGUGUGGGAUGAUGCCCAUUUGAAGAAACUCAUUGAUAUAUUGAGAGAAGAGGUUUCAAAUGGAAAUAGACCAUUAGGUCAUCUAAGCAAGAAUGGCUGGAAAAAUGUUUUGGAGAAAUGGGAAGCAAGAACGGGAAUGAAGUAUCCCAAGGAUAAAUUCAAGAACAAAUGGGAUGCAAUAAAAAAUGAGUAUGUUUGGUUCAUGGAGCUGAAAAAUGAAGCUACUGGACUUGGAUGGAAUGAUGCAAAGGGGACCGUUGAUUGCUCAAAAGAAUGGUGGGUCAAACAUCUUGUGAGAUGCCAGGAGAGGACAAAAAAGAAAUGCAACCAUUUGAAGUUCAAAAAGCACGUACCAAAGCACCUUGAAGAUUUACAUGUCAUAUUUCAGAAUGUACAUGUCACUGGGGCUAGUGCUUCUUGUGCUGGAGAUAUUUCCUCCGAUGAAUGAAGUGAUGACAAUGCAGUUCUUUUGGAGAAAUCAGAAGAUAAUGCUGAAAUAAAAUUGUCCUCUUUGAAGAAACCAAGUGCA